AUGAACAGUGCUCGCUUCGACGGACCCCCUCCAGGCCAGAUGAACGGCGGCGGCAACUGGGCUAACGCCAACGCCCAAGCUUUCACACCCCGCGGACGCGACGGUCCCCAGGGCGGCGGUGGCUGGGGCGGUGCUGCGCCCGGAAAGUUCGACCCCUCAGCAUACGGCAAGCCUGGUGGUGGCGGAGGAGGUUCUGCCCGUGGCUCAGGCGAUGGACAAUGGAAAGACGGCAAGCACGUUCCCGGUCCCUCAAACCCGCGUGUUGAGCGUGAGCUCUUUGGCGUGCCCAACGACCCCUCUAAGCAGCAGACUGGUAUCAACUUCGAGAAGUACGAUGAUAUUCCCGUGGAGGCCUCCGGGCAGGGUGUUCCGGAGCCUGUUACCCGCUUCACCAACCCGCCCCUCGACGAUCACCUGCUGAGCAACAUCGAGCUCUCGGGCUACAAGGUCCCCACUCCCGUGCAAAAGUACUCGAUUCCCAUCGUUAUGGGUGGUCGUGAUCUGAUGGCCUGUGCGCAAACUGGUUCCGGAAAGACUGGUGGUUUUCUCUUCCCUAUCCUGGCUCAGGCUUUCCAAAACGGCCCUAGUCCUCCUCCUACCGCUCAGGCUGGCGGAUACGGACGUCAACGCAAGGCUUAUCCCACGUCAUUGAUCCUGGCCCCCACUCGCGAGUUGGUCUCCCAGAUUUUCGAUGAGGCGCGCAAGUUUGCCUACCGAUCUUGGGUCCGACCCUGCGUCGUCUAUGGUGGUGCAGACAUUGGCUCGCAGCUCCGCCAGAUCGAGCGUGGUUGUGAUCUUCUCGUGGCCACUCCUGGCCGUCUUGUUGACCUUAUUGAGCGAGGCCGCAUUUCUCUUGCGAGCAUCAAGUACCUCGUUCUCGAUGAGGCUGAUCGUAUGCUGGACAUGGGUUUCGAGCCUCAGAUCCGCCGCAUUGUCGAGGGCGAGGACAUGCCUCCUACCGCCGGCCGUCAGACGCUCAUGUUUUCAGCUACUUUCCCCCGCGAUAUUCAGAUGCUGGCACGUGACUUCUUGAAGGAGUACAUCUUCCUUUCCGUUGGCCGUGUUGGUUCCACAUCUGAGAAUAUCACCCAGAAGAUUGAGUAUGUGGAGGAUGCUGACAAGCGCUCCGUACUGCUCGAUAUUCUACACACCCAUGGUGCGGGUCUGUCCCUGAUCUUCGUCGAGACGAAGCGCAUGGCGGACUCCCUCUCCGACUUCCUCAUCAACCAAGGCUUCCCUGCUACCUCUAUCCACGGCGACCGUACUCAGCGUGAGCGCGAGAAGGCUUUGGAGAUGUUUCGAUCAGGUCGCUGCCCAAUUCUGGUGGCCACCGCUGUUGCUGCUCGAGGACUUGACAUCCCAAAUGUCACUCACGUGGUCAAUUAUGACCUGCCCACCGACAUCGAUGACUAUGUUCACCGCAUUGGUCGUACUGGUCGUGCCGGAAACACUGGUAUCGCUACCGCUUUCUUCAACCGUGGCAACCGCGGUGUUGUUAGGGACCUUCUCGAUCUGCUAAAGGAGGCGAAUCAGGAAGUGCCUAGCUUCCUCGAGAGCAUUGCCCGUGAAGGCUCUGGAUUUGGUGGUGGUGGCGGCCGAGGUGGUCGUGGCGGAGGCCGUGGCAGAGGCAAUGCCGCAACUCGCGAUGUCCGUCGCAUGGGCGGUGGAGGAGGCGCCGGCGGCUUCGGCGGAGGAGGCUGGGGCGGCGCACCGCAAGGUGGCUAUGGAGGUGGCUACGGCGGUGCCCCCGCUGGUGGCUAUGCACCCCCCUCUGGAGGAGCCUACGGUGGUGGUGGCGGCGGCGGCGGCGGAGGUGGUUAUGGUGGAGGCUACGGUAACCCAUCCGGCCCCGGCGGCAACUCCUGGUGGUAGUUCCACCACAUCGACUCCACGAAGCCGUCAGCACAGGACUGUUGCACAGUCUAGCGCUUCGUGGCAUGUCUCACGACGGCUCGGUUCCUUUCUCACUUUUUCAUGUUUAUUGCGAUCCUUCCACGGUUACUGCGGAACGAAACGGAUUCCGGAAUCUCAUACCCCAAUCAGCAUAUAGACAGCGA